AUGGCCGGGCUGCAGCCCGAUAUCUACGCAGCCAUCAGCAUCACUUGGGCCGCGGCCUCUCUGGCCCUUGGUCUACGACUCAAAGCGCGACGAAUGACAAAAAUGAACCUCUGGUUCGACGAUUACUUCGCGAUCAUUGCCUUGCUUUUCGUAUCAGGUUACUGUUCCGUCACUAUCUACUGGACACAUAGCUACAAACUCGGCCAGUCCAUCCUCGCGAUCGAAGACACCAUUGAAGCAAGCCGUAUUCAAGACCGGUCGCGACUUCUACUCUGGAUCUGCGAGCUUCUCUAUGCCUCAUCGAUUGCCUUUUGCAAGCUCAGUAUUCUAUGCUUCUACUGGCGCGUCUUUCAGUACACCUCAAUUCGAUACGCCAUCAUAAUCUUGCUUAUCGCCGUCAGCAUAUGGAUAACUAUUCGGACGUUUAUGGUCAUCUUUCACUGCGUACCAAUUCGAGCAUAUUGGGAUAAGAGCAUACAAGGCGCCAAAUGCCCGUUUAACGAAGCGAACUUUUUCUUUGCUACGAUUCUCAUACAUACGACUAUGGAUUGUGUGAUUUUGAUUCUACCUGUCAUUGAGGUUAUGAAGAUGACGCUACCUUUAUCGCAAAAGUUGGCCGUUGUUGGACUUUUUACAUCUGGAACAAUAGUCUGCGUUGCGUCGAUAUUUGUUUUGGUGCAUUCAAAAUUAUAUAACCCUCGAACCGACGACAUUCCGAAAGAUAUGGCACAGAACAUGAUGUGGGCGGCUGUCGAGAUAAACAUGGCAGUUUUCUCCGGACUCUCCACAACCGAAGAGUCAGCCCAAGUACCUAUCAGCUUGCCAAACGUUGUCCUCCCCGGAGUAAGGUUAACGGAGACAAGAUCAAAGAAGCGGGAGUCUCGGAGGUCAGGCAUGUCUCAUGGGCUAUAUGAUCCGGAGUUGGGUGUCUUUCAUGGAUUUUCGGAUAUAUCAAGCAUCAGAAGCGUGGCGUCCAGGUCAGACAGCGACUCAACGCCAAGGAACACAUAA